GCAAAAUAAUCUUCUAUCUAAAGCCAACUUCGAUCUCGACAUCUUGUUGCUCUCGAUCUCAGCAUUCCAGCCAUAUAGAUGUCGGGACGCUCAUCAUCAUCGUCGUCUGUUCUGGUCCUUUUCCGGUGUGCUGCUGCCAUCUGCUGCUUCAUCUUUGGCCUUACUGGUGUAACAGAAGCUCAGGCUCCUUCUCAAGCUCCUUCAACUCAACCUCAGGCCACCACUGAUCCAUCUGAAGUGAAAGCUUUGAAUUCAAUCUUUGCGCAAUGGGGGAUUGAGGCCAAUGUGAAGCAGUGGAACACAACUGGAGACCCAUGUAGUGGAGCUGCCAUUGACUCCACCGCAUUCGACGAUGGCGAUUACAACCCCUUCAUCAAAUGUGACUGUUCUGAUAAUGUCACUUGCCACAUUACCCAACUGAAAGUUUAUGCCUUGGAUGUUGUUGGUGUACUUCCAGAUGAGCUAUGGACAUUGAGCUACCUAUUCAAUCUUAAUUUGGGUCAGAAUUACUUGACAGGACCUCUCUCUGCUUCCAUUGGAAAUCUAACUAGCAUGCAAUACUUGAGCCUUGGCAUUAAUGCUUUAUCGGGCGAGCUACCAAAGGAACUCGGAAAUCUCACUGAAUUGCUAUCAUUUGCUAUUGGGACAAACAACUUUUCUGGUCCUCUGCCAUCCGAACUAGGGAGUUUAUCAAAAUUACAACAACUUUACCUUGAUAGUUCUGGAGUUAGCGGUGAGAUUCCAUCAACAUUUGCUAAUCUACAAAGCUUGCAGACACUUUGGGCAUCAGAUGUUGAACUCUCUGGCAGUAUACCUGACUUCAUAGGAAAUUGGUCAAAGCUUACUUCCUUGAGGUUUCAAGGAAACUCCUUUGAAGGUCCUAUACCAUCUGCACUUUCCAAUCUGACUUCUCUGACAGAGCUGUAUAUAACUGACUUAUCUACUACCAAUGGGAGCUCUUCUCUUGGGUUUAUUAAGGAUAUGAAGUCUCUAUCUGUCUUAGUGCUAAGAAAUAAUAACAUUUCUGAUUCAAUUCCUUCCAACAUUGGAGAAUACCAAAGUUUAUCUCAGCUGGACUUGAGCUUCAACAAUCUAACUGGACAAAUACCAGACUCGCUGUUUAAUUUGAGUUCUCUUUCCAUCCUGUUUCUUGGAAACAAUAAGUUGAAUGGUACUCUACCUGAAUCUAAAAGCUCAUCUCUUCUCAAUGUAGAUUUAUCAUACAAUAAUCUAGUUGGGAGCAUUCCUUCUUGGGUCAACAGAACGAAUUUACAGCUUAAUUUAGUUGCCAACAACUUCACCCUGGACAGUUCAAACAGCAGUGCUCUUCCUUCGGGGUUGAAUUGCCUUCAAAGAGACUUUCCUUGCAACAGUGGGUCUGGAAUUUAUUAUAACUUUGGGAUCAAAUGUGGGGGUCCUCAGAUUACGUCUUCUAAUAACAUUGUGUAUCAGACGGAAAAUGAGACCCUUGGUCCAGCUACAUAUUUUGUGAAUGACGAAAGCAGAUGGGGAGUUAGCAACGUUGGGUAUUUCACUGGAAGCAGCAAUCCUCAGUACACAAUUUUCUCCUCAUCUCAAUUCAAAAAUACUCUAGAUUCUGAGCUAUUCCAGACUGCAAGGCUCUCUGCUUCAUCACUUAGAUAUUAUGGCUUGGGGUUUGAGAAUGGUAACUACACAGUGAACCUACAGUUUGCUGAACAAGCUAUCCUAGAUUCUACUACAUGGAAAAGUCUUGGGAGGCGCGUGUUUAAUAUUUAUAUCCAGGGAAAUCUGGUUCUAAAGGAUUUUGACAUACGAAAGGAGGCAGGGGGAUCUUUCCUAGCUGUUCAGAAGGAAUACACGGCUCAGGUUUCAGAGAACUACCUUGAAAUCCAUCUCUUUUGGGCCGGAAAGGGGACUUGUUGUGUACCUGCGCAGGGUACUUAUGGACCUAUUAUUUCAGCCAUUAGUGCUACACCAGAUUUCGAACCUACUGUCAGUAACAAUACUCCAACUAGUAAGAAGAACAGGACUGGGCUGAUUGUGGGGAUUGUUCUUGGUGGUGGAGUUUUAAUUCUGGUGAUGGUAGUUUUCUUCAUUGUUCGAAGAAGAAAAAGGCCCGACUUCAAUGAUGUCGAAGAGCUGUUAGGGAUUGAUAUUGGACCGCUCACUUUCAGUUAUUCCGCACUAAAGUCGGCUACGAAUGACUUUAGUCCGGAAAACAAGCUUGGAGAGGGAGGAUUUGGACCUGUCUACAAAGGUACCCUUAACGAUGGAAGAGUAAUUGCCGUGAAGCAAUUGUCUGCAGCAUCCCACCAAGGAAAGAACCAGUUUGUAACUGAGAUUGCCACUAUAUCUGCCGUGCAACACAAUAACCUAGUGACUUUGUAUGGGUUCUGCACUGAGGGAGUUAAAAGGCUCCUUGUCUAUGAGUAUCUGGAAAACAAGAGUCUUGAUCAAGCGUUAUUUGGAAAGAAAAGUUUGAAUCUUGAUUGGGCAACACGAUUUGACAUAUGCUUGGGAGUAGCUAGAGGUUUAACUUAUCUUCAUGAGGAAUCAAGGCUUCGAAUUGUACAUAGAGAUGUGAAGGCUAGUAAUAUUCUGCUCGACUCUAAUCUUAUCCCCAAGAUAUCAGAUUUUGGUUUGGCCAAGCUUUAUGACAAUAAAAUGACCCACAUAAGUACCGGGGUUGCGGGAACAAUAGGGUAUCUUGCACCGGAAUAUGCCAUGCGUGGACACCUUACAGAAAAGACCGAUGUGUUUGCAUUUGGUGUUGUAGCUCUAGAGAUUGUCAGUGGUAGGCCAAAUUCUGACCCGAGUUUGGAAGAAGAUAAGAUGUAUCUUCUGGAAUGGGCUUGGAACUUGCAUGAGAACAACCGUGAAGUCGAACUAGUGGACUACAGAUUAUCCGAAUUCAAUGAAGAAGAAGUAAAAAGAGUAAUGAAGAUAGGACUUUUGUGCACUCAAACAUCACCAAUGCUGCGACCGACAAUGUCUGGUGUUGUGGGAAUGCUUACAGGAGCUACUGAAGUGACAGCAGUAACUUCAAAGCCCGGUUACUUGACCGACUGGAAAUUCAAUGAUACAAGUAUUGCCAGCAACAUAACACUUGGUGUGUCAACUGAAGGAACUGAUUCUAGCUAUUACAACUCAUCGGCUAGUACAAGCAUAGUAGGGGAUGCAAGGCAAACACCUACAAAUGACACUCGUGCCAUUCUUCACAAUACUGUUAAUGAUGGUCGGUGAGAAGUUUGAAGGAAUUGAAUUAAAAGGCACACAGCACGAUUGAUUUUUAUGUUCUAUAUAGGUAGGUAGCAGUGCAUAUAAAUUUCUCAAAAAAAAAAAAAAAAAAGAAGAAGAAGGUAGCAGUGAAUGUACACAUAAUUUGAAAUUCUUGAUUACGAAUGUAAAUUAUAUGUAGAUUUCUCUUCUCAUGUAUUGGUUUAUUAUCUUGUUCCCUUUUCUUUAAUUUGGUUGGAAUUUUUAAUAUGAGAGUGA